AUGCCGGCCCCGUUUUCACCCCGGCCCCACUCCGCGCCGCGCCGCGCCGCAGCCCUGCGGGAGGCGAUCGCUCUGACCGCGUUCACCACAUUCCUUGGGACCCUCGGCCCCGGCCUGGCCGCGACGCGCGAGGCGGUUUCGACGGAGCGGGGGCCGAUGGCGGCGGUUGACUACCCCUCGGCGGUGCUCAUCCUGCCCUGCAUGUACUACGGCAUAUCAUUCGGCGUUAUUGUCAACGCGGCGCUGCCCUGGUGGCUGCUCUCUCUGGGAGUCGUCAUCCAGAUCGCGAUCUCGAACAUUGAGCUGCUGAUCUCGAUCGCGCUUAUGGUCGGCGCCAAGCGGGAGAUCCUGCGGCUGGCCGAGACGAUUAAGGCCGAGGCGCAGGCGCUGGCGAUGGUGGCAAGCGGCGACCCGUUCCUGCUGGGCGUGCAGGGCGGCUGCGACACGUGCGACGACGGUGAUGCCGCCGUUGCCAACGGCGGUGCCGCCGCCGCUGGUGAAAGCGGCGGGCCUGGCGCAGGCGGCAGCGGUGGCUUGCGGCAGGCGCUCUGCUGCGGCGCCGGCGGCGCCGUCGGGGCCGAGCAGCGCGCGGGCGCGAAGGCCGAGGGCGACGCGUCUGUUCAGGGGCGGCGCGAGGCGCUGGAGCAGCUGCGGGCGCGCGUGCGCAAGCUGCACAGGCGCGCCACGCAGAUCGAGGCGCUCGCGCUGCUGUUCCCCGCGUUUCACUUUCCGACGCAUCACGAGAUCGCGAGGCUGGCAAAGACUGACGUGGAUACCAUAUUCGGGCGGGGCCACGGGCUCAGCCGCGAGCCGCAGCACGCUGACUCAGCGGAGGUCGCCGACCGCGCGUGCCGUGGCGCCAGCACGCACAGCAUGGCCGGCGACUGGGCGCCCAGUGAGGCCGGCGGCCACUCCGGCGGCAGCGGCGGCUGCUGCGGGCGCCGCGGCGCGGGGGUGUGGACCAACACAGGCGGCGUGCCGGUCGCGCCGCCGCCGCUGCCGGCCGGCAGGCUUGGGCGCCUGCGGCGGUGGUGGGGCAUGCAACCUGGUUUUGAGCUGUCGCUCGUGUUCAAAAUCGUCAUCCUGCACCUCUUUACAGAGUUCCUGCGCCACGCGCAGGCCAAGCCCUGCACCAAGCGCUUCUGGUUCAUGCUGUUCGUCAUCGCCGGGUGUGUCACCAUCCUGCUUAUGUCCAUGGCCGCCUCUUUCUGCCGCAAGCGCCUGUGGCGCGGCCCCCGCUGGCUGGACGCGCAGGCGGUGAUCCGGCACCAGCACGCGGCCGAGGAGGCCGCCAAAGACCCAGAAGCGGUCUACGCGAUCGCCGACGCCGACGCCGACGCCGGACGGGAAGCUUCCCGGCAGGCGCUCGCCGCCGAUGACGACGCGGCGGCCGCGGCCGGCGGCGACAGGGCCGCCGGGCAGCUCCAUCAUCUACACCACAAGGGCGGCGCCGCAAAAGCCGCUGCUGGCGUCGGCGUCAGCUCCGCAGAUGCUGCGUUCCUUGCCGCGGGCGCGCGCAGGCCGGCGCCGCCGCCGACGCGCAACCCGCUUGUGAAGGCCGGGCGGUGGUUCAGGGCGCACUCGCCAUUCAGGGUGGGGGCGUUUGAGGACGCCAUAAAGUGUGACCAUGCCUGCGUCAGCCAGGACGGGUUUUCCAGGUGGAGCAUGUGGCGAGUCAUCGGGACCGAGCUGGCGGCCUUCCCGCUGGCGGUGUUGGGGUGCGCCCUCGGCUUCCCCGGCGGCCCCGCCCUGUCUUGGCUCCUCCUCGGCCUUCGCAUCAAGCCGCACAUCGUCGCCGCCACGUCGCGCUACCUCGUUAUGACGUUCACGUUCGGCAGCUUCAUAGCUUACAUAAUCGCCGGCAACCUGCGCGUCACGUACGCGCUCGCUUACGGGCUCAUCAACUUAGUCGUCGCGCCGCUGGGGAUGGCGCUGUUCCGCCGCUUGUCACUGCCCAGCCACAUCCUCUUGGUGGUCAGCGCUGUAAUGGGGCUCACCGCGAUGGGCGCGAUUAUUGCGACGGAGCUGGUGCCCUGGAUGGGCGCGUUUCUGGACCCUGAAAGCGCCACCCAGAUCAUGCAGGACGAGAACCUGUUUGACAUUGGCCGCUUCUGCUUCGCGCACCACCGUGCGUAG